AUACUAGAUGGCGCUAUCAAAUACAUCAAAUAAUUCGUCUGCUGAAGUGUUGAUUGUUUAUAUUUUUUGCUUUGCCAUAUGAAAAACAUUACUGUGUUUGGAAUUUGAGUGGGAGAAUUGUCUGCCGCCUCUUUCAAUUUUUCUUUUUUUUGUCUCUCUUAUUAUCCUAUUUUGCUACCGAAAUUUAAUCUAGUUAUUCUAUACUUUUUCAUCCUUUGAAGACUGUUGAUAAUCAUGUCCGGUUAUAAAUGUCAAGUUUUUCUUCUUGUUACAUUAUUAUUUCAGAUCAAUUGUUUAGUAAUACCAAAGUCUGAAGGACCAUCAAAACGAGUAUAUGAAAACAUUCUAAGUGAUGAAAAACACUAUGAGCCAGAAGAAAUUCACAAUGUGGAAUAUGACCAUGAAGCAUUUUUGGGAGAAAAAGAAGCAAAAACUUUUGACGAGCUUUCACCUGAAGAGAGUAAAGCUGGACUUGGAAAAAUUGUCGACAAAAUAGAUACCGAUAAGGAUGGUUUUGUAUCAAUGCAUGAAUUAAAAGACUGGAUCCAACUUACACAGCGGCGCUACAUUAUUGAAGAUUCUGAUCGUCAGUGGAUUGGUUUGAAUCCAGAAAAUGAGAAAGAACUGCCGUGGCCAUCAUACAAACAACAGACUUAUGGAAUUACUAAUGCAGAGGAUGAAGAUGAUUUAUCUCAUUACAAAGAUAUGAUUGAGCGGGAUAUGAGACGAUGGAAAAAAGCUGAUCUAGAUAAUAGUGGAAGUUUGAGUAAAGAAGAGUUUGUGAAUUUUGUACAUCCGGAAGAAAGCCUUCACAUGAAAGAUAUUGUUGUUGUGGAAACUAUGGAAGAUAUUGAUAAAAAUAAUGAUGGGAAAAUUUCCCUAGAAGAGUAUAUAGGUGAUAUGUGGGACGACAAUGACCUAGAAGCUGAACCAAGUUGGGUUGAAGCUGAAAAAGAUCAAUUCCUUCAAUUUAGAGACAAAGAUAAGAGUGGUUUUAUGGAGUUUGAUGAAGUAAAAGAUUGGAUAUUGCCUGAUGAUUACGACAAUAGUGAAGCUGAAGCAAAACAUCUUGUUUAUGAAUCUGAUUUGAAUAGAGAUAACUUGCUGAGCAAAGAAGAAAUUUUGAAUAAGUUUGAUCUGUUUGUUGGAAGCCAAGCCACUGAUUUCGGAGAAGCACUAAAGAGACAUGACGAAUUUUGAUGUGAAUUCCCCAUAUUCUAAAAGAAUCUCAUGUAUGCAAUCUAAAAAAACAUUUAUAUUUAAAAAAAAUUACCAGUGAAAUCUUUUAUAUAGAAUUUUGUACUUAAAAUAUAUAUAUUCUAUAUUUUUACCUUAUACAGAAUAUAUUGUUUUCUGAAAGAUUAAAUAUUAUAUGAUUGUUAGAUAUUUUAAAAUUCUUUUUAUUAAAUUUUUCUCAUAUUUUAUUAUUGCUACGGAUUCUUGCGUAUCACUUUGUUUCAAAAAUAGUCAUAUUUCGUGUAUCUAUUUCUAAUAAAUGAUUGUGUAUUGCUUUGUUUUUAACGUAGGUAACCCAUAAAAACGAAGUUAUAUUAAAUUUCGAACCUAAUUUUUUUUAUUUGAUAAAAUUCCGUCACAGGGGAUCUGCUUAUGGAUCUGUUAACAGACUCUUCACAACAUUUUUAAUUGUAAGAACUGACAUUUUUCACAAUUCUUCCUUUAGAGAAAUGGAACCGAUGAUAUUGCUCAUUGGCGUUCUGCAUUUGGUUAACGAGGAAAAUUAUUUGUAAAUAAAAAAUUGCGAUUUGAAUGAAAGAGGAAAGAAUUUUCUAUCAAUUUUAAAAUCACAAAGAGAGCACUUUAUUUUAAUACUUUGAUCAAAACCAAAUUACGGCUAUAUUAGAUUCCCAGUAUUUUGAGUAAUUAUUUUCAAAAAUUAACAAUUAAAAAUCAAAAAUUAAUUGUUUUUUUAGCUUGAGUUUAAGGCAAAUAUCAUUAGAUUGCAAUAAAAGUAUUUGUAAAUCAUUGGCACUAACUUUUCUUUAAAGCAUUUUAUUUAAAUAAUUUUUUAUUAUCUAAACUUUAAUAUUUGGAACAGAAUUUCAAAAUUAUGCUCUAAAAGCUUGAGCUCAAUUAAGAUUUUAUUAUUUUAAAUGUUUUGAAAAUAAUUAAGCUUAGUUGAAUAAUUUAUGCUUUAUAUUUAUAAUUAUAUAUUAAAAAUGAUACUAUAAUUUAUUUUAAAUAUCUGUUAAUAUACAUAUCUUAGAUAACAAGUCUUCCUAAUCAUAUUCAACUAAUAUUUAUGAUAUAUCUAUUGAAAAGUUUUUUUUACUGCAUAUAAUUUUCUACUGCAGUUAAUUCAUUAUAGCUCAUCAACUGAAAACUCAAUGUUUGCUUAUGCUUGAUUUUAGUUUUGUUUCUAACGCCUUCAUUUUUCCAUCCAUAAUAAUUAUUCUCAGCACUCAAACUUAACUUCCUUAAAAAAUUUUAACUGUGGCACCUUCAGAUAUGUGAACUAUGAGAAUUAUUCACAAUUAUUUCAAGAAAGUGUGACACAUAAAAACAUGUUUCACAUUCCAAUUUCUUAUUCUGCCAUGCAAUAGAAAAUUCAACAAAAGUGACAAAAAGAAGGGAAAAAAUGAGAUUUUUAUAUAUUUAGCAUCAUUGUGUGGUAAACAGAAAAAUAUUUUCUUUUUUUUCUUCCAAUUUUUUAAAAUUCUAUUUUAUCAUUUAUAGCAUUUACAGUUUAAAGAAAUUAGUUACCAAGCCACUCUUCUCAAAAUUUCUCCUGAAGUUUUUCAAUUACAAGUCAGUAUUAAUUAGAAUGGACUUAAAUAUUCGCUGCUUAAGAAUUAAGAAGCAAAAUUAGAACUAUCCAAACUGAACUUUAAAUAUCUCAAACUUUUCAUCAGUCCUAUCGAAUUUAAAUUAUGAUUUAUUGGUUGUAUGAAGCUAUCUUUUGCGCAGAUUUCUAUUUUUUAUUUAGAAUAUUUAUAGUGUUAACACUAUAAGCAGAUGUUUAGAAUCUCAUUUUGUAACCUCAAGUAUAUUCAUCCUGUAUCUCCAUAAUAAAAAAUAUAAAUUGUACAUGUAUUUUUAAACUAUAUUUCAUCCUAAAAAUGUCGCAAUUAAAACAAUUUGAAGUUGUAGUGAAAUAAAACUCACAGUUGUGGUAUUUGUAUUAUAUAUUCUUUCUUAACAUUUUCUACAUUUCUCAGCAUGUGCUAUUUUUAUUACUGUGGUAGUUGAUAUCACCUGAUGAUAAUUAAAAAAAAAAUUUCUUCAAAAAAUCUGAGCAAAAAGUAUUUAUCUGUGUUCAAAUAUUAAGAAUGUAUAAUAAGCAGUUUGUUUAUAUGAUUUGUAUUAUUUAUUAAAACUCUUGUUUUAUGUUAAAAAAUUUUAAGCUAAAAAAUUAACUUAAAAAAUUGUUUUUAUGUACCACGAGUUGUCCUUUUCUUUUUUUUUUAUCAAAGAGCAUAAUUUUCGUUACAAAACAAUACAAUAAAAAAAACAAUUUCGUCAAAAACAAUAGUUAACUAUUGUUUUUGAGGUGUUGCUGUGUCUAAGAAACUUUUAAUCUUCAAAACUGUUGCUUUUAAUCAUAUAGAAGUGUAAAAAUUUAGGAAAAUUUAUGGAAUGUAAAAUGUAUAUAAAUAAAAUUAAAAAGAAUGAUAAUUUUUAUUUAUUAUUUGAAAGGACAUUUAUAUUGUGUAAUAAUUUAUUUUAAAAAAUAUUUCGUGUAAAAAAUUCACCAUAUUACAAUCUCCUGGAACUUAUAUUUUUUAAUGUUGGCAACUAUGUUAUAUUCUUAAAUAAAUAAAAAAAAACUUGUCAAACAAUUUUUUUUAUAAUUUUGUUUUAUUGUAAUCAAAAUAUUUCUUGUUUACUUGAUCAAAUUCUACAUUUUAUAAUUAGCUUUAAUAUUUCUACUCUUGUUAUUUUUAGUUUUUAUAUUUAUACAUCAUUUUGUGCCAAAAAUCUUAUACAUAGGUAUGUCUUUCUUCUUUUAAACUUUAAGAAGUAUUACAAUUCAUACUUAACUUAUGUUUCCUCUUUUGCAGUAUGAAUAUAUUUGUCUAUAAAUACUUAUGUUUUAUUUCUCUGAAAGAUAAAUAAAUAUAUUUAGUCUGUUAUCAAUAAA